AUGACAAUAGUGUCGUUAACAUUGCAACCAAUAGUGACACUGUACACCCUUUGCGCCACGUGCAAAGAUAUUCACAAGAGAGGAAAGAAAAGAUUUCAGUUCCACAACCAAAACUGAUCCAUAACUACAAUACAUCAAUGGGCGGUAUAGACAGAGCGGAUCAGAAUAUAUCACUGUACCGAGUUUCCAUUCGAGGUAAGAAGUGGUACUUUCCUCUCAUUGCCCAUCUCUUGGAUGUUUCCGUACAAAAUGCAUGGCAGCUACACAGGCAAGAUGGCGGAAAACUCGACCAACUUGCAUUUAGAAGAAGAAUAGUGUUGGCAGUGUUGGAGGGAAACAAACGAGUUGUUUCUGGAAGGGGACGUCCAUCUACCUCUUCUAAAAUUGACUCCAGAUAUGACAGGAUUGACCAUAUUGUAUCUGACAUAGAGAAUGACCCACGCACAGGAAAAAAGAAACAGUUGCAUUGCCGUUUAUGCCACAAAAAGGCAACUACAAAGUGCAUGAAAUGCGAAGUUCCACUCCAUGUGACAUGCUUUUUGCACUAUCAUACGAAAAUAAAUGUUCUUUUUACAAACAGUCAAAGAGCAGGUGUUCCGCAGUGUCCUCCUGCCUGUCCCACAUUCUACGGAACGGAUCUUCUCAGAGAAUGCCGACUCUGUGAAGACGCUCUCUGA